UAAGAGGCACCAAGACAUCCUCCCGCGGAUUGACAGGAACCAUUCGUUCCCGUUUCUCUGCUUCUCUUUCAAGUUGUUUUAAAAUCUUUUUUGGUCACUGUACCACAAACUGAUUCCGUUCCCUCCAAAACCACCACCCCGUCGUGGCCCAUCCUUCCGCCGGUCUUGCCCCCCUGCUUGGAGACCUGCAGUCGAGAUUUGCGAGCCGACCUGCCAUGCGCCUCGACGACGCGGGCGAGACGGGUUUCGCGUCGUGUUCCUGGCCAAUAUGGCGGACCGAUGACUUCACCCGUUGCUUCCAGCGAGACUAUCUCAAGGUCUUGCUGCCAUUGGCCGUCAUCGGCCUCUCAUUUCUCCAACUCGCCGCCCAAAACAUCAUUCGAGCCGUUAAGUUAAAAAGUGGUCGAGGAUACGAGCGCAUUGGCGAGAUCCCGACGACGUUAUCCCCGCAAACACAUACGGAAUUGCCGCGAGAGGAAGAGCCGGUUUGCGAGAGCGAUGAGGAGGAAGACUUGACCAUCACCGGCGGCCGCCUCGCGCUGGUAAAGACAACCACGAAGGGUUCGAUCGUGCAAGCCGACACCCCACCCGGCCAGACACUCUCCGUUCUCGUCGAAGAACUCGCUGUUGCGGGGCUGGUGUCCGUCAAUGCCGUCGCGCUGGUCAGCGGCGCGUAUGGCAGUGAGUGGGGAGGCAUUGCUGCCAUCGCCGGCUUGGUCGUCUGGGUCUACGUCCUGGUGCUCACGUCGCUCCGGCUCUUCUUGGGAAACACGCAAUGGCGUGUCCCGCAUAUCUGGAACCAUACGGCUGCCAUUUACAGCUGCCAAUGGUUGUUCACAUUGGUCGUAUUCCGCUCCGUUCUGAUCCGCUCGAGUUCCCAGUUGGCCCAGACGCUGGUCAUUAUCGAGUUUGCGUUGACAUCGCUGCUCUUUGGUAUGGCUCUCACCACCCGUAAGGGGAACAAGACAAUCCUUUUGGAGUGGGAGGACGGCAUCGAGCCCGGCCGGGAGAACUUGGCGUCGCUAUUCUCGCACUACACCUUCUCCUGGGUCGACACGAUCGUCUAUUCCGGCUGGAAGGAGCCCCUAAAUAUCAAGAGGGUUUGGAACUUGCUUCCCAAGGACAAAGCUGCUGCUGUCCUGUCCAAUUAUCGUCUUUUCAAGAAGACCACCUCGCUGGCUAUCCAUCUUUUGAAGUAUUUUAAAGGGGUCCUGCUUGCGCAAGCUGCCUGGGCUGCCGUAGGUGGCGCGCUCACUUUUGCCCCUACGCUGCUCCUGAGAGCCAUUUUGCGAUACGUCGAGGACCCCUCGAUCGCCCCCAGAAACGUGCUUUGGCUGUACGUCAUCCUCCUUCCUCUGACUGAUGUCCUUCGCUCCGUCUGCGACGGACAGGCCUUGUGGAUAGGCCGCAAAAUCUGCAUCAACAUCCGUGCUAUUCUGGUGGGCGAGAUCUACGCCAAAGCCCUCCGCAGAAAAGCGGCGGCUGGCAAAGAUACCAGCCUCGGCGGCGACCACAAGGAUUCCGAUGCGACUAAGAAGGGAGGCGUCAUCGCGCGGGCCAAACGCCUUCUCGGGCUCGGAAAGGCGUCCAAGAAUGGCGGGUCGGGAGCGAACCCUACUACAGAUGCUGCUCCCGGCAAGGACAAGGCGGGUGAUUCUGACGAGCAGGUCAAUCUGGGCACUAUCAUCAACCUGAUGUCCGUCGACAGCUUCAAGGUGUCCGAGGUUACCGCAUACAUGCACUUCCUCGUUGCGACAGCCCCCACCCAGCUCAUCGUCUCCGUCGUCCUGCUCUACCAGGUCAUGGGCCUGAGUGCCAUCCCUGGCUUUGUGGUUAUGGCGCUGCUGCUCCCCAUCAACGUUGCGUUUGGAAAAGGUUUCAACUCAAGUCAGAAGAAGAUUAUGGCUGCUACGGACAAACGUAUCCACACGACCAACGAAAUCCUGCAGAAUAUCAGGAUCAUCAAGUACUUUGCCUGGGAGCACCGGUUCGCCGACAUUGUUGACGAGAAACGCCGUGCCGAACUCAAGGCUUUGCGGUGGCGAUUCAUGAUUUGGGCCGCGGCUGUUGCGGUAUGGAACACGGUGCCGAUUCUCAUCACAUUCUUCUCCUUCCUUAUCUACACUGUUGUUGAGAAGAAGCCGCUGUAUCCCUCAGUUGCCUUCACCGCUAUCUCCCUGUUCAUGCUUCUUCGCUACCCGCUCGACCAGCUCGGCGACAUGAUUGCCCACGUCCAGGAGUCCCGCGUGUCGAUCGACCGUAUUGAGGAGUUCUUGUCCGAGGAGGAGACCGAGAAGUUUGCGCAGUUGGGUGUCGACAACGUUGACGAGACUGGCAAACGGGUAAUUGGGUUCAAGAAGGCCACCUUCGUUUGGGGCAGCAAGACGACCGUUGCCGAUGACGGUUCCAUGGCUUUCCGCCUCCUCGACCUCGACCUCGACUUCAAGCUCGGCAAACUGAAUGUCAUCACUGGCCCUACGGGUUGUGGAAAAACCUCGAUGCUCAUGGCGCUCCUUGGUGAGAUGACUAUCAUGAAGGGCCGCGUUUUUCUCCCUGGUGGCCGCAGCCGUGAGGAUGUCCGCCCCGACCCCGAAACAGGGCUUGCUGAGACGUGCGCCUAUGUCGCCCAGCAGGCCUGGCUUGUCAACGCCAACAUCAAGGACAAUAUUCUGUUUUCGGCCCCGCUCGACGAGCAGAGAUACCGGGACGUCAUCGUGGCGUGCGCGCUUGAACGGGAUCUGGAAAUCCUGGACAACGGAGACGAGACUUUGGUCGGCGAGAAGGGCAUCACCCUCUCCGGCGGCCAGAAGCAGCGCAUCUCGCUUGCGAGAGCGGUCUACUCGAACUCGAAGCACUUGCUCAUGGACGACUGCCUCAGCGCUGUCGACUCUCAUACCGCCCAGUGGAUCUUCAACAACUGCAUCAUGGGCCCGUUGAUGCGCCACCGGACUUGCAUUCUCGUCUCUCACAAUAUCCCUCUGUGCGUCCCGCCGGCCGACUACGUUGUCACAAUGGCUAACGGCCGCGUCACCGGUCAAGGGACGCCACAAGAGCUCAUCGCGGCUGGCGUGCUGCCGGAAGACGCUGCCGUACAGAAGUCCGCUCCAGGCUCCGCUCACAUCUCUCGUGUACCUUCUCGCGUUCCCUCGAGUGUCGGCGAGGAGAGCGGUGCGACUUUAAUAAACGAGGUGGAUGGUGACCAACAUAAGACGAGGAACGAGACCACCAAGAAGAAGGAAAACAAGAAGCAAGACGCCAUGGAGGAGACCAAGGCAACGGGUGCCGUCAAGUGGCCCGUCAUGAAGCUCUACCUGCGGUCUAUGGGAAGCUGGUGGUUUUGGAUCGUCGCUGGUCUCGUCUUUGGGACGCAGCAAUUUUCCGGCGUCGCUACUAGUCUGUGGAUCAAGGAGUGGUCCAACCAAUACGCCGCCGAGGAGACGGCCAAGAUCAGCUUCAGCAUGAACUCGCACAGCUACUCGGUCCAAACCCUAUCGCCGACGUACUUCGCAUCUAUCGCGAACUAUGUCAAGGGCAACUCGACGACGAUCUCCACCUCUGAAAUGCCCGAAGUGGAUGUAACCUACUACCUGACAGUGCUGGCAGCUAUUGGCAUAGCGGGCGCGGCCGCAGCUCUGUUCAGAGAUUUGUGGAUAUUCCUCGGUUCUCUCACUGCGUCGUGGAAGCUUCAUAAUCGCCUGAUGACUACGGUGACUGGCGCAAAGUUCAAGUUCUUCGACGUGACGCCACUUGGGCAGAUGAUGAAUCGGUUCAGCAAGGACUUGGAGGCCGUCGACCAGGAGGUGGCGCCCAUCGCCAUCGGUGUCAUGUCGUGUGCUCUGGGCAUCGUCGUAACUGUCGUCCUGAUCGCCUACAUCACACCGAUGUUCUUGGUCGCUGGCAUCUUCAUCGCUCUCGCAUACGUGUUCCUUGGGCAGUUCUACCUGCACGCGUCGCGCGACCUGAAGCGACUGGAGUCAGUCGAGCGAAGCCCACUCUUCCAGCAGUUCGGCGAGACCCUCAGUGGUGUCACGACGAUUCGCGCGUACGGCGACGAGAGGCGCUUCAUCCGGGACAACCUCGCCCGGAUCAACACGCAGCUUCGGCCGUUCAUCUAUCUUUGGGCUGCUAACAGAUGGCUCUCGUUCCGUACCGACUGCCUCGGUGACGUCGUGGCCUUCUUUGCCGGCGUGUUUGUCAUUGUCGGCCUCGGCAAGAUCGAUCCCGGCUCGGCUGGUAUCUCGCUCAGCUACGCGAUUGGAUUUGCCGACAACAUCCUGUGGCUGGUUCGCCUGUACGCCCUGAACGAACAAAACAUGAACUCGGUCGAGCGAAUCAAGGAGUAUCUGGACGUGGAACAGGAGGCGGCGGCCAUCGUGGAGAAGAACCGGCCGGCCGCGAACUGGCCGUCCAAGGGGACGGUCGAGUUCAUCAACUACAGCACACGGUACCGCGAGGAGCUGGAGCCUGUGUUGCGCAACCUCACCUUCAAGAUCGAGGCCCGGGAGAAGAUCGGCAUUGUCGGGCGGACCGGCGCCGGCAAGAGCUCGCUCACGCUCGCCAUCUUCCGGGCGCUGGAGGCCGACGAGGGCAAAAUCCUCAUCGACGAUGUCGAUAUUGGCCCGAUGGGUCUCCGUGACCUCCGCGAGGCCAUCACGAUCGUGCCGCAAGAACCAACCCUCUUCAUGGGCACCAUCCGCAGCAACCUCGACCCCUUUACCCUGUACACAGACGAGCAAAUCUUCAACGCGCUCCGCCGCGUCCACCUGAUCCAACCCGACGAGCUCGCCGCGUCCACCACACUCACGCUGCCGGAAGCCACAACCGCAACCACCACGAUCAACAGCACGAGCGAAGCGCAGACCCCGACGCAACCGUCCCGCCCGGCCUCGGUCAUCAACAAGAACGUCUUCCUCGACCUCUCGUCGCCCGUCACCGAGUCGGGCAACAACCUGUCGCAGGGCCAGCGGCAGCUCCUCUGCCUGGCGCGGGCGCUGCUCAAGAACCCGACGGUGCUGGUCAUGGACGAGGCCACGGCGUCGAUCGACUACGCCACCGACUCGGCCAUCCAGGCCACCAUCCGCGAGCUGACCAGCACCACCAUCACCAUCGCCCACCGCCUGCAGACCAUCGUCGACUACGACAAGGUCCUCGUGCUCGACAAGGGCGAGAUCGUCGAGUACGGCCACCCGUGGGAGCUGAUGCGGAAGGGGGCCGGGGGUGUGUUCAGGGGCAUGUGCGAGAUGAGUGGCGAUUAUCCGGUGCUUGCCGUCGCGGCGAAGAAGGCGUGGAAGGGCAAGCAGCUGGUGGAUGUCGAUGAGGAUGGGGAUGAGGAUGCGGAGGAGGGCGGGAGUGCGAGCGGGAGUGGGAGUGCGGCCGCUGCGGCUGCGGCUGCGGCUACCGCGGCCGAGGGGACGCAGGAGUCAUAGGGGCGCUUUUGUUGUGGGGAUGUGGCGAACUGGGUGUGUGCGCUUGAAGGGGUUGCGGUGUUGAGUUGAAGAGGGUA